AGUCGCGACUACGACGCACACACACGGACCGUGCGGCGGGGAACGACAAAAGUCGCGGAACGCCGCGCCACUUUCGCGGUCUCGCGAGAAACAGUCGGUGAGCGAGCGCGGCGCACAAACAGCUGAUAUCCUUUUCUGCAGGUACGUCCCCUCGUUUAACGCGGAAGCACAUGUCUGCCGCUUGUUAAUCACGCCAACGGUUACUUCUUGCGCGCUACUUCUUCCCGCGUAUCCUCCUGAAACGGUCGGCGGGCGGACUUGGUGCAACGAACAGGCGAGGGGCACGUGCGCGCGUUGGGCACGCCGGCGCCAGGGCGUACCAUCUCACCCGAAGUUGCAUGCGAUGAACAUCGGCGACCGGCGAUAACCGGCGACCCUCACCUCACCCAUUCACAUUCUUCUCGUCAUCCUCAUCGUCUUCGUCGUCGUCGUUGUCGUCAUUCGUACGAGCCGCGAGGAAGAGAGCCAUGGCCGAUCGCGAUAGCGCAUCCGAGAGCGAUUCCAGCUCGAUCGACGGCGGGCCGAUCAUGAUGCCGCCAUCGCCGGUCACGAGGGAGCAGCUGCAGAAGCGCAUCGAGUCCUUGCAGCAGCACAACCGCGUGCUCAAGGUCGAGCUUGAGACCUACAAGCUGCGGGUGAAGGCCCUGCAGGAGGAGAAUCGGGCCCUGCGCCAGGCAUCCGUUAUCAUACAAGCAAAGGCCGAGCAGGAGGAGGAAUUCAUAAGCAACACUUUGCUGAAGAAGAUCCAGGCGUUGAAGAAGGAGAAAGAGACCCUGGCUCAUCACUACGAGCAGGAGGAGGAAUGUCUUACCAAUGAUCUGUCGAGGAAGUUAAACCAGCUGCGGCAGGAGAAGUGUCGGCUUGAGCAGACAUUGGAGCAGGAACAGGAGUGCCUGGUGAACAAGCUGAUGAGAAAGAUUGAGAAGCUAGAGGCAGAGACCCUGGCUAAGCAGAGCAAUCUGGAACAACUACGGCGUGAGAAAGUCGAGUUGGAGAACACUCUCGAACAGGAGCAGGAGGCACUGGUUAACAAGCUGUGGAAACGAAUGGACAAACUCGAAGCUGAGAAAAGGAUGCUGCAGAUCAAGCUGGACCAGCCAGUUUCUGAUCCUACCUCGCCCAGGGAGAUCAACAAUGGCGACACUGCCACAAAUCUGAGCACGCACAUUCAGACUCUGAGAAGCGAGGUCGCUCGAUUAAAGCACACGUUACUAAUAUCGCAACAAGAACAUACAGAGAAGAUGAAGCGGUACGUUAACGAGGAGAAGCAGAUACGCGAGGAGAAUCUGAGACUGCAGAGAAAGUUGCAGCUGGAAGUCGAGCGCCGCGAGGCUCUGUGCAGACAUCUCUCAGAGUCUGAAUCCAGACAUGAUUUUCGCAGCUUGGAGAUGGAGGAGGAACGGCACUACAACGAAAUCGUGAUGUCUGGGGGUAAUAUAAGGUCUCGCACGGUGUCCAGUCCUGUGCCCUACAAUCCCUCGCCUAGUUCCUCGAGACCACUAAGCCCUGGUGUUAACGUGCUAGGUUCCACGACCAGAGAAGGCUUCAAUGCAAAUCGAUGUUAUGCCUGCGGUCAGCCGAUUGCCCCUCCAUUUGCGAGCUCGUCACCUCCUUCAGGGGGACACGUGGCACCAUCCAGUAGACGCACCUCGGAUCGUUUUGUCAAGCCGGCGAUUCCGCCUACCAUUGUGAGCCCCGGCGGGCCGCCGACUGUCGCUCCCAACACCACGGCGAAUCCUAUUGCCACGCCCCAACCUGGGUCACCGAUGGACAUUGCGAAAACAUAAGUCGCCACAUUGAGGAGAGGGCUCUCCGCAACCACAGAAACCCCUUUUAUAUAGUUGCGCGCAAGGUACUUCUCUAAACGAUGCGUUCCAGUUAAAAGAUAUGCGGGGGAAGGUACUCGCGCAUUUCGGUUUGAGAGACAUCACCGUCGGCGUUUUUUCUUCUCGGAUGUUUUUGUUUGUUAACUACUACUUAGCUCUAAUGUGUAACACACGGGCUACGGUUAAGAAAGAAAGAAAGAGAGAGAGAGAGAGAGAGAGAAAGAAAGAGAGACAGACUUAAUUAUAUUUCGAGCUAAAUCAGCAGAUGUAGAGUUAAACAAUGCAGUCGCGAAAGCGUCUCGCUUAUUGAUCGCAGGGUGAUCCUUUUUGACACCCUUAUCCUCCAAUGAUUCCUCUCGUAUGAUGCCUGAAGUAUCGUUCAGACCGAGCUCAUUAUCAUAACUAUGCAAUUAAUAUUGUUUGAGUGUUCUACACAUAAGAAAAAUGGCGAAAAAAAAAACGUUGACAUGUUGCUUCCAUGUUCCAAGUAUCCAUAUCAUAAAUAUUGAACGCGGACGCCAGGCGGACAUCUACACGGGAUCUAUAUGCGACAUUAUUGUAAUGUAUAACUGUGCGUUUGAGAACGUAAACGAAAGUAACUAGAGUGUAGUGUAUCGCGGUGUUCACACGAUUUAACAGGUAUGCAUUUGGUUUAGCUUCGAGCCUGAGUAAUCACUUAGCGCACGCAAGUACUGUGGUAGAGGCGGAAGAAAACGAAACUCUAAAGGAGAUGUUUCGUCAGUUUCUUCAAAGGGAUUUUCUGAUCUUACAGAAUCACAGAUGAAGUCGAGCUUUGAGAAGACUUUAGGUAUCCAAGAAACUUGGAAUUUGAACAAUUGCGAAUUGCGAGAGAGAGAGAGAGAAAGAGAGAAAAUGUGAUAAUUCAAGGCCCUAAAGUUCCAAGAAUUCAAAAGUCCAACGAUCUGAGAAUCUAAAAAAAGUACACUUACGGAUCUACAAAAUAAUGUAGAAACUUGAAACAUUUAAACGAAUAUCUAAAUGUUCAUAAAUAUAUAUACAUAUAUAUAUGUAUGAAUAUAUAUACAUAUACACGUAUAUAUACAUGUAUAUGUACUAUAUAAAUUAUAUACAUAAUAUUUAAAGUAAAUAUUUUUUUGCGGUCAGUGUAAAGCUACAAACGUGUACGUGUUUACACGGUAUUUUUAGAAUUUUAAUUUAUAAGAAAUCCAGAAAUGUGUAAAAAGAAUGUCUGAGGAAUUUCUGUGUAUUUAAAUCGUCAGCUUUGCCUCUUUUGAGCUCGGAUGUCUCUCUGUUUCUGUUUUUAGGAUCUUUGAAUUUUGAAAUCUUGGAUCGUUAACAUAUAGGAAUACGUCAUCAAGAACUUUUAUCCCUUGAUCUUGAAUCCUUUAGUCUUAGAAUAUUUUGUAAAAGAAAUUGGGAAUUUUGAUACAUUCAGGAAGAGCCUAUUGAGAUAUCGUAGCAUCAAGCGUGACACGUGAAAGAUCCUGUGUAUGGGAGUUUAUUUCCUAAUAGAUUGUUUUUUUUUAUAUCAGUGAUACACAUUUACGUUAAUUCGUUGUCUGUUAUAUUACAUUGAAGACCUUGGAGUCAUUGUUUUAGGGGAGAGAGCAUGUUUGGGAAAUCAAGUUUCGAAGGCUCGAGAUUUCAUUUCUGAAACUUCAAUGACUCUGUAGUUGUAAAAUUUGGAAGUUUAGAUCAUUUUUUUUCCCUUUGAAAUAUCUCAACACUCGCUUUUGAAGUUUCGAGGAAAAUCGCUUCCCAGGAAUUUGAAAUUCGGAGGGCUUGGAUUCUGAGAUUUUGGGAAAUAUUGUAGAGGCCAAUUAUCCCGAAGGAUCGUUUUUUGUUUUGUUAUGGAUUCUCAAUAUUCUUCUCUGUGCGCUGGUUACCGUGAAUUAUAAUACGAGAAGCGGAGGAAAAUCGUAAAAGAGAGACACGCAAGAUUGAUUGUCACUUAUAUGAAAUUUAUUCAAAUGAACUACACCUCCAAAUGAAAGUGAUUUUCUUGCGUAAUAUUUUUUCCUCCGAUCUCGUAAGAUACAAGGCAAUUGAUAUUUAUGUACUCUGAGAAAACCCUUGUUUAUAACAGGUGUAUUAUACAUAAACGAUAUAUGAGAAUCAGGUCAAAUCGUUGUUUAUUAUGUUGUAUCGAACGGUGUUUAUACGUAUAAAAGAAUAUAUAUAUAUAUAUAUAUAUAUAUAUAUAUAUAUAUAUAUAUAUAUGUACAUGUAUACAUAUCGUUCGGUAUAUAGACAUAAAUGUCGUAUAUGGUAUAUAGAAUUUUAUGAUAAUGCAAAAGAUUCUUAUCGAUAAUUGUAAUUACGCAGAUAUGCUUCACAGCUACAUAGUAUGUAUUUUACUCAAGCUUUUAUGAAAUACAGUCACGUUUUUGCUAUUAC